CUGGUGCGCGGGCUCCUACGCAGCAGCAGAAGUCUUGACCUUCGCUCCUCUAAGGAAGGAGGCACCAGGGUCUGCGUUGGCCCAGGAGGACCCGAGACUGAGUAGAAGCGGAGCCGACUCCACCAGGCUAGGAGGGGGCCGGCCAGCGCGUUCGGAGGUGAUACCGGGAGGCGAGGGGAACGACCCAGAGAAAAGAUGUGAGAUCAAGACAGCAGCCCAGGGAUCGAGGAUGGAGGGACUCUUGAGCGUCGCCCUCCAAGGCGCAGAGUUGGAAGGAAACUGGAAACACGAGGGCCAGGUUGAGGACCUGCAGGAAAACCAGGAAAGCUGUCCAGAGCCAGAGGCUGUGGCCUGCAAGGGAGACCCUGCCGCGGACGGCAUCCAGGAACGCGAUGAAUUCAGCCGAAUCCCAAGAACCAUAUCGAGCCCUGCUGCUACCCAAGCCAGUGUCCCUGACGACAGCAGGCCCUGGAGGUGCAGCGCGCCUGGGGAGAGCCCGAAGGAGAGGCAUCCAGACAGCCGCCAGCGGGAGAGAGGUGGAGGCCCCAAGAAGCCGUGGAAAUGCGGGGACUGCGGGAAGGCCUUCAGCUACUGUUCCGCGUUCAUCUUGCACCAGAGAAUCCACACCGGGGAGAAGCCAUUUGCGUGCCCCGAGUGCGGCAAGGCCUUCAGCCAGAGCGUGCACCUGACCCUGCACCAGCGCACGCACACGGGCGAGAAGCCCUACGCCUGCCACGAGUGCGGCAAGGCCUUCAGCCAGGGCUCGUACCUGGCGUCCCACUGGCGCACGCACACGGGCGAGAAGCCGCACCGCUGCACCGACUGCGGCAAGGCCUUCACGCGCGUCACGCACCUGACCCAGCACCGGCGUGUGCACACGGGCGAGCGGCCCUACGCGUGCGCCCAGUGCGCCAAGGCGUUCCGCAACCGCUCGUCCCUGAUAGAGCACCAGCGCAUCCACACCGGCGAGAAGCCCUACGAGUGCUCCGCGUGCGCCAAGGCCUUCCGCUUCUCCUCGGCGCUCAUCCGCCACCAGCGCAUCCACACGGAGGAGAAGCCCUACCGCUGCGGCCAGUGCGCCAAGGCCUUCGCGCAGAUCGCGCACCUGACCCAGCACCGGCGCGUGCACACGGGCGAGAAGCCCUACACUUGCCAGGACUGCGGCGCGCUCUUCAGCCAGAGCGCCUCUCUGGCCGAGCACCGGCGCAUCCACACAGGCGAGAAGCCCUACGCGUGCGGCCAGUGCGCUAAGGCCUUCACCCAGGUGUCGCACCUGACGCAGCACCAGCGCACGCACACCGGAGAGCGGCCCUACCCCUGCCACGACUGCGGCAAGCGCUUCAGCAACCGCUCCCACCUCCUCCAGCACCACCUCGUGCACACCGGUGAGCGGCCCUACAGGUGCCUGCAAUGCGGGGCCGCCUUCAGCCACGUGUCUUCGCUUAUAGAGCACCAGAAGAUCCACACCGGAGAGCGGCCCUACAAGUGCGGCGAGUGUGGCAAGGCUUUCAGCCAGGGCUCCUCGCUCACCCUGCACCAGCGCACGCACACGGGCGAGCGGCCCUACACCUGCCCCGAGUGCGGCAAGGCCUUCAGCAACCGCUCCUACCUGAUCCAGCACCACACCGUGCACACCGGGGAGAAGCCCUAUGAGUGCAGCGGCUGCGGGAAGGCCUUCAGCUUCUCCUCCGCGCUCAUCCGACACCAGAGGACGCAUGCAGACAGUUCGGGACGCCUUUGCCCAGCUCCCACGCCUGACUCAACACCUGGGCUCUCACAGGGAGGAGAAACCUGUCAACAGGGGUGCCCUGGCAGAAACCUGCGUGGACCAGCAGAAGAUUAAGAGCUGAGGGCCUCCUUUCCAACCUCACAAUGCUAUGGGGGAGAUACUGUGUUAUCCCCUGCGCUUCCUGUGAGGAAACCGAGGCUCAGAGAAGCUUGUUAACUUGCCUGAGGGCACACAGUGGGGAAGACACAGGGCUAGGACUGUACCUCACAUCUGCCAGACUCCCCUGCAGUCUUCCUGGUGCAAAAUUAUAAAUGGGGCACAGGCAAGUAGACCUGCAGAAACACCUAUGGCUUGCCUUUAAUUUCUUUCUUUUUUUUUUUUCUUUGAGACAGAGUCUCUCUCUGUCACCCAGGCUAGAGUGCAGUGGAGCGAUCUCGGCUCACUGAAACCUCCGCCUCCCGGGUUCAAGUGAUUCUCCUGCCUCAACCUCCUGAGUAGCUGAAAUUACAGGAGCCUGGCUAAUUUUUUUUUUUUUUUUUUUUUUUUUCCUGAGGUAGAGUCUCGCUCUGUUGCCCAGGCUGGAGUGCAGUGAUGCAAUCUCGGCUCACUGCAACCUCCACCUCCCGGGUUCAAGCGAUUCCCCUACCUCAGCCUCCCGAGUAGCUGGGACUACAGGCGCCCGCCACCACGCCCGGACUAGUUUUUUUGUAUUUUAGUAGAGGCGGGGUUUCACCAUGUUGGCUAGGAUGGUCUCGAUCUCCUGACUGCGUUAUCCACCCGCCUCGGCCUCCCAAAGUGCUGGGAUUACAGGCAUGAGCCACCGUGCCUGGCCUAAUUUUUGUAUUUUUAGUAGAGGCAGGGUUUCACCAUGUUGGCCAGGCUGUCUCGAACUCCUAACCUCGGGCGAUCCGCCUGCCUUGGCCUCCCAAAGUGCUGGGACUACAGGCCUGAGCUACCGUGUCUGGCCAGCUGAACUUUUCAUUGUUGAUUUUAUUGAGUAAGCCCUUGCUCGGUAAAUUUAAUUGAAUUAAAGUGAAUAAAAGGUUUGGUUCCUUUGGCCAAGUUGGCAUAUUUACUAAAGGAGCAGAGUCUGAAGAAGAAAUCUGGAUUCACUAAGAUAGAAAUAGUGCUUAGAGAAAAUGAUCAGGAGAAAUCUAGAGCUGGAAGUUAUCUAGAAGAAGGGAGUGCUUCUCCUCUACAAAAGAUUUUUAGAGUGGGCCUGGUCUUUUUUUCAGUAUGAGGAAACACCUACCCAUCUCCAGCAUUUUUCCCCCUAACUCAAAGACCUGACUUUAAUGCUUGUAUCAGUCAGCUCUUGCUGUGUAACAAACCAUCCAGCCCUCAUUUAUCCAUUUACUAUUUCUCAUGCAUCUAGAGGUCAGCUGCUGGUUCUGUUGGUCUGGACCAGGCUUGGUCUGGACCUGGACCAGGAGGGCUCAGCUGGGCCAAUUUGAUCUUCUUCUCCUGACUCACAUCUCACCUGGGUGUGUUCUCAGGGAGGUGGCAGGAGUCUGAGAGGAAGUGGA